AUGGCAUGGAGAUUUAAGGCAUCAAAGUACAAGAAUGCGACACCAAUCGUUCCAAAGCCAGAGGCGUGCAUAAGGGACAUAUGCGUAGGUUCGUAUCAAACCUAUGGCAAUAACGUUGCCGCGUCUGCUGCGUUCAUCGCGUUCAACUGGGAGCAUGUAGGCUCAAGUCUGGCAGUGUUGCCAAUCGACGAUUGUGGCCGCAAAGGCAAGGCUAUGCCUCUUUUGCACGCACAUUCGGAUACGGUAACCUACCUCGAUUUCUCGCCGUUCCAUGAUGGUCUCUUAGCGACCGGAUCGCAAGAUUGUCUGGUGAAAGUGUGGCACGUUCCCGAGAAAGGACUGGAACAGUCGAUUUCGAAUCCCGAGUGUUCAUUCUCCACCAAACAAAGACGAGUGGAAACCGUCGGUUUUCACCCAACUGCAGACUGCUUGCUCUUCGCUACCGCAAUAGGCUGCGUUAGCCUGUGGGACUUAACAUGUCAAAAGGAAGCUUUCACUAACAACGACCAUCCUGACGUGAUACAAUCGCUUAGCUGGAAACUUGAUGGGAAGACGUGUGCUACCAGCUGCAAGGACAAAAUGGUGCGUGUCUUGGACCCCCGUGCUCCCUCGCCUAUCGUAAUGGCGACGGAAAGCCAUCAAAGCAUAAAGGAUUCGCGAAUCGUCUGGUUGGGCGACCAAGAUCGUAUUCUUACAACUGGUUUCGAUGCAUCACGUGUGCGUCAGGUUUUUAUACGUGAUCUGCGCAAUUUUUCCACACCCGAAAAACUGCUUGAACUCGACUGCUCAACAGGCGUUCUUAUGCCAUUGUUCGAUCCCGACACCAACAUGCUCUUUUUAGCUGGAAAAGGCGACACUACCAUCAAUUAUCUAGAGAUCAUCGACAAAGAUCCAUUUCUAAUUGAAGGUAUUCGCCAUUCCGGCGAGCAAACCAAAGGAGCUUGUUUAGUUCCUAAACGAGCGCUCAAAGUAAUGGAAGGGGAGGUAAACCGCAUCAUUCAACUGACAUCAAACUCGGUCAUUCCAAUAAUGUACCAAGUCCCAAGAAAGAGCUACCGUGAUUUUCACAACGAUUUGUAUCCCGACACUAACGGAUUUAAAAGUGAACUUACUGCUACGCAGUGGCUGAUCGGACUGGAUGCUCCAGUGCCAAAAAUUAGCCUGGAUCCAGCUAUGCGUGAACUGGGUGAAGCUCCUGUUGUCCCUCGCCUUGGGCCAAAACCGUUCAGCAGCUCGACGGCUCAGGGAGAGUUUUCAUUCGAUAAAAUAUUCAACGUUCCACACGCACCCUGCAGCGAGUCGGUAGAAAAAGAUACCGUCAACCGCCACGACGAUUAUUCGCUCGAUACAAAUGGAGGCCAAGAUGUACAAUAUUCAAGCCUCAAGGAAAUGAAAUCAUCCGAACCAAUGGACCAAGAAGAUGAGGCCCUCCGGCAACAACCCGAUGUAGAUGGGUCCCCCGUAGUGUCUACGUCCGAGUUGAGAAAGACUGAUAAAAGCGAUCAGAUUUUCGAAAAGAAUGCUUCCACGGAGUUGGUAGAUCAGUUCGAUGCUGCUGCUGCCGAAGAGAAGUCGCAAUUCGAGCGUUUGACUGCACAAAGAUCAAGUAUUGCGGAAAGGCGUCGGAUGUAUGAAGGCAGAUCCCAGAGUAUGCAGGAAGAAAAACCUGGUUCACCGACGCCUUUAAGACGGCGAGAAUCUUUGAAAGUACGAGGAGAACAAAAAAUUUCCGAUGAUACUGACGCUAUGCCACCUCCAAGUUCCGAUUUUUUACCAAUCCGCAAAGACCUGACGAAAGAGAAUGUUCCGGACACAAUCAAGCGAAGUAAUAGUACGACUUCUAAUGCCAACAACACUGUAUCAAAACGAACUUCCACUGUGUUUGGGAGAGUGUCCAAAUUUCGCCAUUUGAAAGGCACGCCCGGUCAAAGAAGUACAAACAUUGAUAACAUACGCAACCUAAGUCGUCAAAUUCCUGGCGAAUGUGACGGGUUUCAUGCAAAUGCUCAGCGCGUAGCUGUACCUAUAGCGGGUGCCGGUGGUAAGAUCGCCGUGUUGGAACUGGAUAAACCAGGUCGUCUUCCUGACGGCGUCAUUCCAACGCUAGUCAACAAGCAAAACAUCAUGGACUUCCAAUGGGAUCCAUUCGAUCCUACGCGACUUGCUGUUGCGUGCGACGAUGGCGUUGUUAAACUCUGGACAAUCCCGGACGGUGGAUUGACUGAGCCAACUAACGAACCGUCAGCCGAACUAGUUGCUCACUCAGAUAAAAUCUACAUCAUCCGCUAUCAUCCCCUUGCCGAAAAUGUGCUACUCACCGCAAGCUGCGAUAUGCUGAUGAAAGUAUGGGAUUUGAAUACCAUGAUGGAGAAGUACUGCCUCCGCGGUCACACUGAUCAAAUUUGUUGCUUCUCUUGGAGUUCGUGUGGUAAAUACGGUGCCACCGUCUCCAAGGACACCAAGAUAAGAAUGUUUGAACCGCGGAAGUCAAAUCAUCCGAUCAAGGAAGGUACCGGACCAGUCGGAACACGCGGUGCUCGUAUUGUGUGGGCACUAGAAGGAGAGUAUUUGGUGGUAACCGGAUUCGACAAAGCUUCGGAACGGCAGAUCUAUGUAUACAAAUCGACAGAUCUGAGCACCCCUAUGGGCAUGGUCGGUCUUGACGUGUCACCAGCUAUUUUGAUGCCUUUUUACGACGAGGAUAGUUCCACUCUUUUCGUAACCGGCAAAGGCGACGUGCGAAUCUAUUGCUUCGAAAUAACCGACGAAGCACCAUUUAUCUGCCCUUUGUCCCAUCAUCGAUGCGCAUCAAUGACGCAGGGGUUAAGCUUCCUCACGAAGAACCACUGUGACGUCGCGUCCGUAGAAUUUGCCAAAGCUCAACGACUCACGAAUGGCACCGUGGAAACCUUGAGCUUCACAGUUCCUCGAAUCAAAUCGGAACUGUUCCAGGAUGAUCUUUUCCCUCCUACAAAAGUCAUGUGGCAUUCAACACUGACUGCGGAAGAAUGGUUUGCCGGAAAGGAUGUUGAGCCUGCUCGAAAAAGUCUGCAACCAGAGGGCAUGGAAACAUUAUCGUCGAUUUAUACGUCCACAACACCGAUCUCGAAGAAGAAUGAGACAACUGAAGGUUCACUGAAACUAUCAAAUAAAACUACCGAGCAAGUUAAGGAAGAGAUAAAAAACUCAGUUAGUGCCCGAAUGCCGCUGAACAAAACUCUCGAACAAGACAGCAUGGAAGGUGUGGACGAAAGAGAAUGGGACGAGUAGACACAGCAGCCUAUCCAAUGAUUAAUUUUAUCACUAUCAUUUAUAUAUUCGCCUAACCCCGCCUUCAAAUCUUCCGCAUUUUCAAUAGCGCACUUCUCGUAUGGAAUCUGCUAUCAGCCGAUGCACCGAGCAUCCUAAUGAUUACGUUGAAUAAACCUCCCAGUUUGAGUUUAUUUUCACUUGAAUCGAUAACACAUGAUUAUAUUUGUUUCGUUUACUUCAUUGCCCACGGGCGACACAAAAUUUUAUUUUCAUUUUUUUCACACUGCAUUAUAAAUUGUAUGACUCAUACUGCACAGGAGUAGCAAAUAGCAAACGAAAAACAAAAAUAUUGACAACAGCGUAAUAACACCGAGACUGAUUCCUGAUGUAUGCGUAGUUAAGGAAAAUGAACUACUGCCAAGAAACAGAAAACCUUGUUAAAAAUUAAUUUUUGGACGAGCGCUUGCUGUAGACAAUUUUAUACACUUUAUAAACUAAUUGUUCGCGAUGAAUAUUAGGAGGUUUUGUAAAAAUAACAAAGGAAUGAUGAAACUUUUAACGUCAAUAUAAAAAUAUCAGCAACUUGAACACAAAAAACGAAGCACGACAAUAUGGGUAACUUAAUGAGCAAAAUAUUAAAACAAUAUUAGUCACUUUAGUGCUUACGAAGUAUUUUUUUCCAUCGCAAACGUUUCAAAUCAUCUUAAUUUGCACUUUAUGAAAAAUUAUUGAUAGUCAGCUACCACACUAGAAACUAGUCAAUAUGGCUCUUAUAAUCGAUCACUGGACAUGGUGAAAGCUAAGGGUUGUUCUUACCCUUAUAAGAUGUGGUUCAACAAACGAAAAUCGUGUAAAACGUAGCUCACGGUAACUAAGAAGAAUUGGAUAAUACAAAACAAGACACGAUCUUAUGGGAAAAUGGCAUUACAAAGUGAUGUAAGCCAAUACAAAAUAUGAUAAAUUGGUAGGGCCUGUGCAAUUUUGACGGGCAUUAAGAUCAGUAUUAGGGUAAUUGUAUUGACCAAGAUAAACAUUUGAUGAACGCUCUUGCUCUAUCAGCGCUUGCCAGAGCUGCACGUAUGCAAGUUCCUUCAAACAUUUCACUCGCUCUUGUCAGUAAUCGAAGCAAACUUCAAUGCUGUCCAACCUUCUUCGGAACGGUAGUGUACAUAAUGUCAUUGGAAAGAGUUAAUAUUUUAUUUAUUUUUAAAUGGUUUGAAAUUACACUAAAUAUUGUGAUCAUUGUAUUAAUUAGUUCGAAUGCAAUUAUGUCUCUGAUUUAAUCUAAAGAGUGCCAUCUGAUUUAAAACGUCGGUUUCAUUCUGUAGAUGUUCGAUAAGACACAUUGCCAUUGCUUUUGUUUUCACUAUUACGUAACUAUUUCGAUGCAAGCAUGGAAGCACUUGACUUUUUCUCGAUGAACAAGAAACAAAACAGAAUGCUUGGUCGCAGUAAAAGUUGUAAUACGUUGGGGGAACGUGUGUCGUGUCUUUGUUUGUGUCGUAACUUUAAUUACAGUCUCAUAACCCGACUACUAAUCAAUAUGUUGAUAUUGUAAGAUAUUUGCUUUCCCAAAAAAAAUCAUAAUAACCAACGUAGGCAGUAAAAGACGAGGCAUGAAACGCCAGAGAACUUUUCUAAUCUUUUUUUAUGGGGCAUCAAGCUUACGAAGUAACUGUGAACAAAAUCGUGCUAUAGUGAUAUCAAGAGAAUGAGCACGAAGCACAAGUUAUCACGAAGUUACUUAUCGCAGAAACUACUUAAUGUCCUCAAAGCCUGCUUAUUCGGUCUUACUCUCAAUCUAUUCACGGUGCAUCUAGCCAGGUGAAUAAUAUAAAAUAUGCUUUAGCUCAACAAAAAGUUUUGUGAAUUCAGCUACAAAUAAAAUAUUGAUACCUAUUGU